AGGAGGAGAGAGGAGCAUGCAUCUGUAAUUUGAUGACUGAAACUAUAAAAAUUGUAUCGUUUCCUUAAAAACUUAUGUGGGCUUCUCUGGACCUCUCAUUUGUAAUCCAACGGUAGAGAAUGGACGAACUCCAGAGGCCUUCCAACUCUACGUUCCCUACUCUAGAUAAACAAUGUGCGUCCACUCAAUCGCCACCUCAAAAUUUAAACGACAGUUCCCAUACGAACCACAGGCUCGAUACAACCAACAAUCACUACAGGGGAGAGAGAGAGAGAGAGAUGCUCAGCAGAGUAGCAGUGGUCACAGUUUCACCCUCUGCGGUUUCUGCAAACUCCUCUAGGUUUCUUUGCCAAUUCAAUAAGAAGAUCUCUUUCGUCUCAAACCCAUUACAUGAUUCUCUGAGAAUCUUAAAAUGGAAGUGUAAUUACAGCAAUAUGUCCAGAAUGAAGAGCUCUGCUUCAAAAUUCGUGAACUGUGCCUCGGCACAGCCCCUCAAGAACCCUGAUGAACUCAUUGACUCUGUUGAGACCUUUAUUUUUGACUGCGAUGGGGUAAUAUGGAAAGGGGAUAAACUGAUAGAUGGAGUCCCAGAAACUCUUGACAUGCUCCGGUCAAAGGGGAAGAGAUUAGUUUUUGUCACUAACAACUCAACAAAGUCUAGGAAACAAUAUGGGAAAAAGUUUGAAACUCUUGGGCUUAAUGUUAGCGAGGAGGAAAUUUUUGCAUCAUCUUUUGCUGCAGCUGCUUAUUUAAAGUCAAUCAAUUUCCCUAAAGAUAAAAAGGUUUAUGUGAUUGGUGAGGAUGGCAUCUUGAAGGAGCUUGAGCUAGCUGGAAUUCCAUACCUUGGGGGACUGGCAACAGCGAGGGAUUUUGACAUCAAAAUCAGGGAAAGGAGUCGGGUUGCUAGCUUUUCUGUUGUUGUUGAUUGGGGAGUUAUAGAUUGGUUGAGUAAAACCUUUUGUCAGGCUGUUCUUUGCAAUAACUAUGGUGUCUUCUUCAGAAAGUUCAGAGCAGUCACAAGGAUUGAAAAUUCUGGAAGGCAGAAAAUUAUCACUGUUCCUGAAGGAUUAAAUGGAGUAGGGUGGACUACAAUGGCACAGGUGUUUACUGAUAUUAGUAAUGGAAGUUUACAGGGAGAGAAUUUGAAAAGAGAGAAGACUAAGGUGGAAAACAGAGCAGCACAUGUUUCAUUCAAAAAUGCUUUGGCUCAAAUCAAAGUGAAUGGGAAUAAGUCGGGUCUAAUUCAUUCAGAUUUUGAUGUGGAAUUGCAAAGACUUGUCUAUAAAAUAAGAAUUAGGGUGAAUCGUAGACUGGAAAUUGAGAUUCUGAUGGGUUGUGAUGUUCAAAAAUGGCGAGGUAGUACUGAAGUUACAUACCACUGGCGAGAGGUUGAAGAUGACCAGCCUAAGGGAAAAUACAGCACGUGGCAGAGAGGCAAGGGAUGGUGUACAAGGUUGGGUUUAAAACAAUCGACGAGUCUUCAGAUUUGUCGGGCACAUGAUGAUGACUUCCUUUUCCAGAUGAUGGAGCGGCCAAUGACUCUUAUUCUUCAAGCUGAUGGAGAGGCAGAUCCGAUGUAUUUGGAAUCCAAUUUGGUGUUCCACGAGAGGGAUAAUAGGAGUUCCAAGCAAGCUAAAAAUUCAAACAUGAGGAUGAUCGACUUUCAAGGGGAAUCACACGACAUUGAGCAUAUUCAUUUUGGGGCUAAAAAUGAGUUUGAGAAUGGUUUUUUUAUGCUCUUAGAGCUAGAGAAGAGCUGA